AUGAAGUGGCCAAUUUUGCUGCUUCCACUGUUGGUGUUGGUAUUCGCUGAAGAUGAGCUGCCUUUAGCUGAACUGUGCGAUGAGGAGCAGUGCAAGCUGCCUGAGUGCAGGUGUUCCUCUACCGAUAUUCCAGGAGGCUUACCUGCCAGAGAUACUCCCCAGUUCGUUCUUCUCACGUUCGACGAUGGGGUGAACACUGUGAACAUGCCGACGUACCGCUCGAUCCUGUACGGCCGCAGGAACUCUAACAACUGCCCCAUCGGCGUCACGUACUUCGUGAAUCACGAGUACACGGACUACACCCUCACCAACGAGCUGUACAACAUGGGCUUCGAGAUCGCCCUGCACUCCAUCAGCCACCAGACCCCUCAGGACUACUGGAGGGAUGCCACGUAUGAUGACAUGAUGAGGGAAUUCGGUGAUCAAAUAAUACAAAUGUCGCACUUUGGAAGUAUCCCGAGGGAUACAAUCAAAGGUAUACGCAUCCCGUUCUUGCAGCUUGCGGGUAACGAGACUUACAGGAUGAUGGCGGACGCGAACCUCCUGUACGACUGCACCUGGCCUACGAUAUCCCACACCGACCCUGGUCUCUGGCCCUACACCCUGCACUACGCGUCCAUCCAGGACUGCCAGAUUCCACCGUGCCCCACCGCUUCAGUGCCCGGCCCGUGGAUCCUGCCCAUGAUCGCCUGGUUUGAUCUCAACAACACACCCUGCUCUAUGGUCGACGCGUGCUUCUUUAUCCCAGACAGAGAGAACGAGGAGGAGUGGUUCAAGUUCAUAGUGGGCAACUUCGAGCGUCACUACCUCGGGAACCGCGCUCCGUUCGGGUUCUACGUGCACGAGUGGUUCAUCCGCGCGUACCCCGCCGUGCAGCGCGCGCUCGUCCGCUUCAUGGACCUCGUUAAUUCGCUCAACGACGCUUACAUGGUGAAUGCUCACGAAGUAAUAGAAUGGGUACAAAACCCUGUCCCCGUGAACGAGUACGCGAGGCGGGCCUGCAGGCACACAGUGCCUUCCCCCUGCCGACAGACCAGUUGCGGACCUGUGCGGGCCGAACAUACCGAGAACCUUUACUACAUGCAGGUAUGCAGCGCCUGCCCCAAUGUGUAUCCGUGGCUAGGAAACCCACUGGGAAACUGA